AUGGAGGACUCUACUCGUGGACCCCCGAGGGUCAAGAACAAGGCGCCCAGCGCGAUCCAGAUCUCAGCUGAACAGCUUCUCCGAGAAGCUGUAGACCGACAGGAACCCGGAUUACAGGCGCCAACUCAGCGAUUUGCUGACCUCGAAGAGCUCCAUGAGUUCCAAGGCAGGAAGCGCAAGGAGUUCGAGGCGUAUGUGCAGAGGAACAGGGUUAAUAUGAACAAUUGGAUGAGAUACGCACAAUGGGAACUCGAGCAAAAGGAAUAUAAGCGCGCCAGAUCGAUCUUUGAGAGAGCUUUAGAUGUUGAUGCGACUUCUGUUACGCUAUGGAUUCGAUAUAUUGAGGCGGAGAUGAAGUCGAGGAAUAUCAAUCAUGCCCGGAAUUUACUGGAUCGUGCUGUUACUAUCUUGCCCAGGGUUGACAAGUUGUGGUACAAGUACUGCUAUAUGGAGGAAAUGCUGUCCAAUAUUCCAGGCACAAGACAAGUCUUCGAGCGAUGGAUGUCUUGGGAGCCAGAUGAGGCAGCAUGGAGCAGUUAUAUCAAGAUGGAGAAGAGGUACGGCGAGUUUCAGAGGGCGAGGGAGAUCUUUCAGAGAUUUACCAUGGUCCAUCCAGAACCAAGAAAUUGGAUCAAAUGGGCGAGGUUCGAAGAGGAGUUCGGAACUAGUGAUCUUGUUAGAGAAGUUUUUGGGACUGCCGUUGAGGCGUUGGGAGAUGAUUUUAUGGAUGAGCGACUAUUCAUUGCUUACGCAAGAUAUGAGGCGAAACUAAAGGAGUACGAGCGCGCCAGAGCCAUCUACAAAUACGCCCUAGAUCGUUUGGCACGAUCAAAAUCAAUAUCGCUUCAUAAGGCGUAUACGACUUUUGAGAAGCAGUUUGGCGAUCGAGAAGGGGUUGAGGAUGUCAUUCUGUCUAAACGAAGGGUGCAAUACGAGGAGCAAGUCAAAGAAAACCCCAAGAAUUAUGAUACUUGGUUUGAUUAUGCUAGAUUGGAGGAGGUGUCGGGAGAUGUGGACCGAGUUCGGGACGUUUACGAGAGAGCAAUUGCUCAAAUUCCACCAACGCAAGAAAAGCGACAUUGGAGACGUUACAUCUACUUGUGGAUCUUCUAUGCGAUUUGGGAAGAAAUAGACACCAAGGAUGUCGAGCGGGCAAGACAAAUCUACCAGGAGUGUCUGAAGCUGAUACCCCACAAGAAGUUCACAUUUGCCAAAAUCUGGCUUAUGAAAGCACAGUUUGAGAUCCGGCAGCAACAGCUAUUAGCAGCAAGAAAAACCCUCGGACAAGCAAUUGGGAUGUGUCCCAAAGACAAGCUCUUCAAAGGCUAUAUUGAUUUAGAGCUGAAGCUUUUUGAAUUCGUACGAUGCAGAACUUUGUACGAGAAGCACAUUGAAUGGAACUCGGCAAACUGCCAAGCCUGGAUCAAAUUCGCCGAACUAGAACGAGGCCUCGACGACCUCGAGCGUACCCGCGCUAUCUUCGAACUCGCCAUCUCCCAAAACGUGCUCGAUAUGCCCGAGCUAUUAUGGAAAGCGUACAUCGAUUUCGAGGAGGAAGAAGGCGAGUACCAGCGCACGCGGCAAUUGUACGAGAGGCUUCUGGACAAGACCGAUCACGUCAAGGUCUGGAUUAGCUAUGCUCACUUUGAGAUUAACGUGCCGGAAGAGGAGGAAGAGGAGGCGGAGGACGAGGAUGAGGAUGAGGAGAAGCCUGUUAGCGAGAUGGCCAAGGCUCGCGCGCGGAAGGUCUUUGAGCGUGCUCUCACUAGCAUGAAGGAUAAGGAGCUCAAGGAAGAGCGCGUCACCCUCCUCAACGCCUGGCUCUCAUUCGAGCGCACGCACGGCUCCGAAGAAGACAUCGACAAAGUGCAGAAGCAGAUGCCGCGGAAGACCAAGCGCCGCCGCAAGAUGGACGACGAUACUUACGAGGAGUAUGUCGACUAUGUGUUCCCUGCCGACGAUCAACAGACCGCAAAGCUGUCCAAUUUCUUGGCUAUGGCUCAGUCAUGGAAACAGGCUGGUGGGACCAUCACUGGGAAUGGUACGAAUGGCGAUUCGUAG